CAAGAUCAUUGGCAGCCAAGUGCAUUUGGCGGGAUCUCUCUCAAAAUCUUCCUUCCUUUGCGGUCGAAAUUGAUUCAGUACAAAACGACCAAUACUACGACUGUGGAAGCAUACGAUGUCGAAGGUUCAGCUAGGUUGCGAACCGGUGAUUGGAUCAUUGACGCCGUCGAAGAAGAGAGAAUAUAGGGUUACAAACAGGCUUCAAGAAGGCAAACGCCCAAUCUACGCCGUCGUUUUCAAUUUCAUCGACGCUCGUUAUUUCAACGUCUUCGCAACCGUCGGCGGUAAUCGGGUGACUGUAUAUCAAUGUCUAGAAGGAGGUGUAAUUGCUGUAUUGCAAUCUUACAUUGAUGAAGACAAGGAUGAGUCAUUUUAUACUGUAAGUUGGGCUUGUAACAUAGAUGGUGCUCCUUUACUUGUUGCUGGAGGACUCAAUGGCGUUAUGCGAGUAAUUGAUGCUAGUAAUGAAAAGAUACACAAGAGUCUUGUUGGACAUGGAGAUUCAAUCAAUGAAAUUAGAACUCAGCCAUUAAAACCAUCUCUUGUUAUAUCUGCAAGCAAAGAUGAAUCAGUUCGACUUUGGAAUGUGCAAACUGGAAUAUGCAUUCUUAUAUUUGCCGGUUCAGGUGGUCAUCGCAACGAAGUCCUCAGUGUGGACUUUCAUCCUUCAGAUAUAUAUCGUAUCGCUAGCUGUGGAAUGGAUAACACUGUUAAGAUUUGGUCGAUGAAGGAAUUCUGGACUUAUGUAGAAAAGUCAUUCACAUGGACCGAUCUUCCAUCUAAAUUUCCCACAAAAUAUGUUCAAUUUCCAAUAUUUAUAGCAUCAGUUCAUUCAAACUAUGUGGACUGUAAUAAGUGGCUUGGUGACUUCAUCUUGUCUAAGAGCGUUGACAAUGAAAUAGUUUUAUGGGAGCCGAAAAUGAAGGAAAACUCGCCUGGAGAGGGUUCAGCUGAUAUCCUUCAGAAAUACCCGGUUCCUGAAUGUGAUAUUUGGUUCAUCAAGUUCUCGUGCGAUUUACAUUAUAAUGCAGCUGCAAUAGGGAAUAGAGAAGGGAAAAUCUAUGUUUGGGAACUUCAAUCCAGCCCACCUGUUUUAAUCGCCAGGUUAUCGCACGUCCAAUCCAAGUCUCCUAUUAGACAAACUGCCAUGUCUUAUGAUGGAAGCACGAUCCUUAGCUGCUGUGAAGAUGGGACAAUCUGGCGAUGGGACACUGUCGCAACAUCCUGAUUAUACUUUGUGAGCUUCUUCUUCUGGCGACGUUAAUUACUGGGAAUGUUGGUGGAGAUGUGUUUGAGUUGCCUUUCUUCUCGAAAGCUAACUGAAUAGAAACAGUUGCUAAAAUUAUUGUUUGAAAAUCAAUCUUUCUUCAUUUAAAUUAGGUUUACUAUCUUUUCAAUUUGACAUCUUACGAAUUGCAUAGUAUGGAAAUGUAAAGGAAUUGUUCGUCGAACUGCGAAAAAUGAACGAAUUGUAAGCGUCUUAUUUCUUGUUUUAAUUCGUCUAUUGUUUUCUUAUGUGAAUUCAAGAUAGGAUUUUCUUAUUU